AUCAGUCCGUUAGGUACAUAAACGACAAAACAAAGAGGAGCCUACUGCUGUUAUAUCAAACAUUGUGCCGUAAUCGCAACCAUGGAUUUGGAGCCAUCCACAACCUGACGGUCUGAUGUGAAAGACAAAGCUGGCAUAAUCCCGCCAUUGCGUCGUGCCCUCUUCUCCGCGGUGAUACCAUUUCUCUGCGGUGCCUGUGUGGAGCGUGCCACACACCCACUUCAGAACGACGACGGCUUUUGCUUGCAUCUUCCAAUGCUUCUUCUGUCAGCAUUUCCAGCAAAGCUGCAACACUUCUAAUGCUAGCCCUGACACAAGUGAAGAGCCCAGCCCCAUAGAAAUGGUGAGAAUGACCAAGUCAAAAACCUUUCAGGACUAUCUGCCCAGCUGCCAUCGCACAUACAGCUGUGUCCACUGCCGCGCUCACCUGGCCAACCAUGAUGAGCUCAUCUCUAAGUCUUUUCAAGGCAGCCAAGGAAGAGCAUAUCUGUUUAACUCUGUGGUGAACGUGGGCUGUGGAGCAGCAGAGGAGCGGGUCCUCCUCACAGGUCUACAUGCUGUUGCUGAUAUAUACUGUGAAAACUGUAAAACCACGCUGGGCUGGAAAUAUGAGCACGCCUUUGAGAGUAGUCAAAAAUACAAAGAGGGAAAGUUCAUCAUUGAGCUGGCUCACAUGAUCAAAGACAACGGAUGGGAAUGAUGUCUCAGCAACACCUUGGACUGGAGAAUGCUCAAAUGUGGCCUCACUUGAGUCCUGAUCUUUUUCCACCUUAAUGUACAUGCACACUGUCAUCUCCAUGAAGAGCAGAACCAGGUUAGUGCAUCUGGUUACGUACAUGUGUGCAUAUGCAGCUCUGCCACACCUAGGCCCACAGUUCGCUUUUUCGCUGUCAGUAAUCAUCUUAAGGUGGUUGUGUUAAUGGCACACCAAAUUUUUCACCCAACAAGAUGUGCAGUUUUUACUUCCUUUCGAAUUUUGGUGGAUUUUAGUGGCUAUCUCUUUUUCUACAAGAAGUCGUAUUAUAUGGAUCUUGUUUAGUUAACUGUAGCAUGCUUCAGUUUACUAAAAUCAAAAUGAGCAUUCAGGGAUGUAAGGCAAUUUCCCAUAUAUGUAGCAUCUUUUGUUAUUAUUUGAAUUUUUUCUGCAUUAUGGCUCUCUCCAGCCUUUGUCAGGUUUCCGCAAACAGUGUGAGCCCUCGGCUCGUUCUUAUGUUUGUCCAAUAAUGAAGAGUAAAUGUAUUCUGUUUGUGUCUGAAGAAACACGGAUGACACAUAUAUAAAACGCACAUGUGUAUUUCCAACUGCAUAUUAUGCUCUGUACAUCUUAAGUCAUGUUCAUAUAGAAUGUGUCAAACGUGCCUAGUUGGAUACUAGAAAAUUCUUUGUCAUUUGUGGGUCAAGGGCAUCUUUGACGUAAGAAUGACUACACGUGAAUAUAAGGUACACUCUUUCAUCACUGCUGAAGCUAAUUCAGCUUUCUUUUUAUGGAAUAGUGUUCCCUUCUGCAAAUGGAUAUCAAGCUCUUAUUUUAUCCUUCUAUCCAUAGGCCAAUAUUAUUAUUAUUAGUAGUAGUAGUAGUAGUAGUAGUAGUAGUAGUAGUAUUUUUUAUUUUUUAUUAUAGUUCUGAUAUGAGAGAUUUGUUUUUCUUUGAAAAUGGAAAAUACUAAAUAAGAAUACCACUGUAACCGCAAGUCUUUGCUUUUAUUAACCCACAUUUUACUUGUGGAAAACUGAAUGUGAAGAUCCACGCUUCCUCAAGCAUCACAGAGAAUUGAGUGCAUAUAGGGAUAGCACAGCACUAUCCAUCCAAGCAGUGUCACCUGGACCCACUACACCUGUCUGUAUUAUACUCUUUGCAUACAGCCUGCAGCCCAGAUUAGGCUAUAGCCCAGUGGAACUGAGGGCACAUCAGUAUUUUAGAAUAUAGGGCUGACAUUCCCCAGAGCGGCUGUAGCUUUCUCCUGUGGGUGCACAGCACUCAACCAAAAAACAUGAAUAUAGAAAAAAUUUGUGUAAAUCCUGGUCAGAAACAAUCCAUCAGAUUGUGAAAGGUAGUGGAUUAAAUGUGAAUUAAAUGUGGAUAUAAAUGGAUAUUUUCUUCUCUUGUGGCUGUAAACAUUAAGCCAUGUAUGUUUUGUUCUUUUACUGUUAUUGCCUGAGAAUAUUUUCUGGUUAGAAUGAGUUAUAGUAAGUGUAGGCUCUAUAACUUGGACCUACACUUGCUUUAAAUGAUUUGAAAGGAACAAAAGGUGAAAAUGCCCAUCCAUCCAUUGUUUUCCACUUAUCCGGGGCCAGGUCAUGGAGGCAGCAGCCUAAGCAGGGACUCCCAGAAUUCGUUCACCUCCCAGCUCCUCCGGGGGGGGGGACCCCAAGGCAUUGUCAGGCCAGCUGAAAGACAGAGUCCCUCCAAUGUGUCCUGAGUCUUCCCCAGGACCUCCUUCUGGUGGGACAUCCCGGAACACCUCUCCAGGUACUGCUCCUCCACCUCGAUGUGGAGGAGCAGCAGCUCUAUUCUGAGCUCCAUGUGGCUGAGCUCUUCACCCUAUCUGUAAGGGAGUGCCAAGCCACUCUGCAGAGGAAACUCAUUUCAGCCGCUUGAUCUUGUCCUUUCAGUCAUUACCCAAAACUCAUUACCAUAGGUAAUGAGGGUAGGAACGUGGAUUGACUGGUAAAUUGUGAGCUUUUUCUUUCGGCUCAGCUCCCUCUUCACCACAAUAGUUCAAUACAGCGACCACUUCACUGCCGACACUGCACCGAUCCACCUGUCAGUCUCACGCUCCAUCCUCCCCUCACUCGUGAACAAGACCCUGAGAUACUUGAACUCCUCCACUUGAGGCAGUGACUCUCCACCCACCUGGUGAGCGCAAGCCACCUUUUUCUCGUCAAGAAUCAUGACCUUGGAUUUGGAGGAGCUGAUCUUCAUCCCAGCCACUUCACAUUCGACUGCAAACUGCUCCAGUGCAUGUUGCAGGUCCUGGUUUGAUGGAACAGUAUCAUCUGCAAACAGCAGAGAUGAGAUCCUGUGGUCCCCAAACCAGACCCCCUCUGGCCUCUGACUGGGGCCCCUGACCAGAGCGGUCCUUGACUCUGGCCCCUGACUAGAAAUUCUGUCCAUAAAUACAAUGAACAGAACCAGUGACAAAGGGCAGCCUGGGCAGAGUCCAACAUGCACUGAGAACAGGUCUGACUGCCUGCAAUGAACAUAGCUCCUGCUCCGGUCAUACAGGGACUGGACAGCCUUUAGGAAAGGGCACUGGACCCAAUACUCCCGGAGCACCCCCCACAGAGGGACAUGGUCAAAUCCCUUCUCCAGAUCCACAAAGCACAUGUCGACUGGUUGGGCAAACUCUCAUGAACCUUCAAUCACCCAAUUGGAGGGUGUAGAGCUGGUCCAGUGUAGGGCAUGUCCAGUGUUCCGCGGCUGGGAUGAAAAGCACACAGCUCCUCCUGAAUCCAAGGUUCAACUAUUGGUCGAAUUCUCCUCUCCAGUACCCAGGAGCAGCCCUUUCCAGGGAGGCUGAGGAGUGUGAUUCCCCUGUAGUUGGCACCACCUUGGUCUGCCAGUCCAGAGGAACUGUAACGUGAUGUUGCAGAGGCGUGUCAGCUAAGACGGCCCCAUAACAUCCAGAGACUUAAGAUACUCAGGACAGAUCUCAACCAUCCCUGGGGCCUCGCCACCAAGGAGCUUGCCAACCACCUCAGUGACUUCAGUCAGGGUGAUGAAUGAGUCCGCCUUGGAGUCCCCAGCCUCGCUUUCUCUUCUAAAGAUGUGAUGGUGGGAUUGAGGAGAUCCUCAGAGUAUUCCUUCCACCGUCUGACAACAUCCCCAUUCAAGGUCAGCAGCUCUCCCCCUGCACUGUAAACAGUGUUGGUGAAGAACUGCUUCCACCUCCUGAGGUGUUAAAUGGCUUGCCAGAAAUUCUUUGAGGUCAGGCUCCCCCAAGGCCUCCCCACACUCCUCCCAGUCACAGGAUUUUGCCUCUGCGACUGCGCGGCCUGCAGCAUAUUUGGCCCGUUGGUACCUGUCAACUGCCUCAGGAGUCCCGCGAGCCAACAAAGCUCGAUAGGACUCCUUUUUGCCACUGCAACAGGCACCAGGACUCUGUCAGAUGUUCCCAAGAGACUCUCACUAUACACUUGGGUCUGCCAGGUCUUUCUGGCUUCCUCCUCUGCCAGCGGACCCACCUCACCACCAGGUGGUGAUCGGUUGACUACUCUGUGUGUGCCCAAGACAUGCUGAAGGUCAGAUGACACGAUGACAAAGUCGAUCAUCAACCUCCAGCCUAAGGUGCCCUGGUGCCACAUGAACUGAUGGACACCCUUGCUUGAACAUGGUGUUCAUUAUGGACAAGAUGUGAAUAGCACAGAAGUUCAGUAACAGAACACCACUCGGGUUCAGAUCAGGGAGGCCAUUCUUCCAUUCGGGGGGGGUUAUUAAACUUUUAGAUUGAGACUUUUUCUUGCACAUUGAGAUGUUACAGCUCAGGGUUUCAUAGACAAGUACUUUUUUUUUUGACAUGUAGCAGUUCAGCUUGCACAGAAUAAUCCAUUUUAAGUUCCAACAGAGUGAACACCUAUUCUUUGUUCACCUGUUCUCGCAUUAUUUGCACCACCCCAGUGACACACGCCAUAGUGUAGGUCACAUGUCACAUGUUUUUUUUUAUCCCUUUUACAUAGGGUUAGCACGUAAAUCACAUUAAGUUUGAAUGUACUGUUAGAGGUAGAGGCAGUUCACUGCCACAUUGUCGUGCCUUUUGGUUUAUUUCAGUUUUGUGCCAAGAUCUUCGAAUUCUAUUAUCCUUCUCAGUACCAUAGCUUCAAAUUAGGCACAGUACACACAGCAUGUAGAGCACCAAGUGCUUGCAGGGGCACCACAUGAAUCGUCACUAAACUAUUGGCGUAGCAUUUGGUGGUGCGGCCUACGGCACUUUAAGGGGUUGUUGUGGGCAUCUCUAGAAUUCUCCCCCAGUCCUCAGUUUCACUGGCACAAAAUCAUUUACUCCAGAAUACACCAGUAAAAAGUGUGAUCUCUUCUGGUAUGAUCAAGAGAUGGCCAUAUACACAACAUACCAGGACAGUAGCAUGAAUGGGGAAUGUUUACAAAAGACAUUCCUCCAGUCCAUCCUUGUUUGAUUGUAAAAAAAAAAAAACCCAACUAAAUCCAGUUUCUGAAUGAUGAUUCUGAAUGCCUUCACACGGUUAGAAUCCUAUGCUUGUUUUGUUCUGUUUUCAGAAAAUAUUCAGAUGGAUUUCCCUUGUUUUCAUCACAAUAACAAAAAAGCAAAAGCUCUAAAUAAAUAAUGAUGCAAAUGUCAGUUCUUCACCCAGUCUCUUUCAGCGUCUUUGAAUUGAGGGUGGUUUUGCAUAAAUAAAAUGCAUUACAUUUUGUUAUGGAAUUGUAUAACUGAGCAUAAAAAGUCAGUCAGAUGUCAAACAUAAGAAUGUUACAUAUUUGAAGACUGGGAAUCAUUUUUGUAAUGUAACUGUGUUAACAUUUCUAUGAGCUUGUCAAACUCACUGAACUUUUUCCAGUCUUCUGGUGGGCAUGUGAUGUGUAUUUAUUAUUUCUCAGUCCUGUAGCGUGCCAUCAGGGCUUCACUGCUCCUAGUUUUCAAUUAGAGUUCACUCACUAAUAGUGCUUUUACACUUGUAUCCUAUAUUUCUGUGCUGGUCACUUGGUCAUCUGCUUGGUGACAAACGUGUGCCCCACUCUUUUCUUGGUUUUAUUUAUAUUGAUCUAACAAAAUUAUUUGAAACACUGUGUUAUUGGGAUGUUAUUUAAAAAUAAUAAUAAUAAUAAAAAUCCAAACUUUGUUAUGUUAAUUGGCCAUUUGCACAUUUAGAUUCAAAACUAUUAACUACACUUUUUUAAUCAUCCAGUUGUUCCAAAUUAUAAAGCACUGAAGCAUUAAAAUGUUUUUCUCUUUUUAAUUUUUUAAUUUAUUAUUAUUAUUAUUUAUUUUAUUUUUUAUUAUUUUUUUGCAUUUGGCAAAGGGGGUGACAGAUUUUCCAAAAGUCAUGAUUUUGGCCUUCAUCACCAACUGCAUCCAGGCUCUGUUGAAUGUCUUUAUUGUCUUGUUGAUAUGGUUGUGUGCUGCUUCAUGGAGGUCCAUCUGACAAACAGUAUAUGGACAGAAGCCCUUCUCACUCUGAAUACUGAACGCAGACUCGAUGGGAAUGCACAUGCUGUAUUUGCUGCUAUAACUGUUCAUUUAAAAUCAAAUCUUGAUACAAACAGGUUCAUGCAUGUUGUACUUAUUGUUUGUGUUCAUUGUUCUUUAUUAAAUUUAAAGCCAACCUAUUUUCCUGCAAUGUUUGACAAUAUGUCAGUCUUAGUUGAAUGGACUUGUCUGUUUUCACUUCAGUGUAAACAAUAAAUU